UUUGUUUUGAAUGACUCUAGAAUGGGAUGUAUUGAGCACUGUUCAACCAUCAACGCAGGUGACAGCGAUGCAGAUCGCCCUGUCACUCUACCGCAAGAUAUAUCGAACUGCUGGACGGAUGCCUACAAAAGACCGGACCGAAUUUGUGCGGCGCCGACUUCGUUCCGAAUAUGACAAGUACCGCCAUGAAACGGACCCCGAGCGCAUCGAGUUUUUGAUUAAAGUUGCCGACACACAGUUGGACACGCUGGAGAUUCAAGUCGAGCACUUCGACCGGGUGUUUUCGAGCCCACACUACCACAAUCAAUAGAGCUGUGGCUCAUAUCUUGAAUUCAAACAUGGACUAAUGCGUGUGGCUCGCCUGGUUGACAGCUCGGCGGAGGCGCUCGACCCACUGGUCCUUCACUUCC